ACCCUAUAAAAAUGUCGCCCAUAGUUGUGAAAAAAUGCAAGCGAUUAAAACAAAUUGUUGCUAACUAACUAAACUUGAAGGUGAAAUUAAAGAGUUAAUAGCCUGAAAUAUGUGAAUUGUGUUGGUGGAAUCCCCAAUUUGAAAGAAAUCGCCGCCUCCCAAGAAAGAGUGCUCAAGUGUUGUGUGAUGAAGAAGAAAAAAACGACGCCACUCAAAUAUCAAGCAAAUAUACAUAUUGUGUACAAAUGUUAAAUUGCGAAAUUGUAAUGCUACAGCAUUGUCGAGCAUUGUUAAUAAAGUUUAGAAACUAUAGCGGAGCAGGCAUAUAUUAUUUGGCGGAUCAUCUUGGGCAAUCGAACUGUCAGAGCGUUCUAAUCAAUACCAACUCCUCCCACUCCGACUUGUGUCUUGCAGACCCAGAACUGGAGGAUGACUAUAAGGUGCAUCUGCCGCUCCAGGUGUCCAGGAAAAAGAAGGCGUCGGGCGUCUCUGGCAAGCAAAACUUUGACCACCUGGAUGUUAGCUUCACCAGGAGCAACCGUGGCAAUAACCUGUUAACCAUCGAUGGGAAACCUUUCACCCUCAAUCGCCGAAUCAAAGACGUCUGCUACUGGGAGUGCGUCAAGCUGCGCUGCAAGUACAUCAAGUGCUCCGCCCGCGUGGUGACCAAGGCCAACCGGAUCUCGGCCCUGCGCGGGCUACACAACCAUCUCUAAGUUACAAACUACCUGUGCCAUAUCUUUAGUCUAAUAAAGAUGUUUCCGUUGAUCAAUUAGCCACUUUCGCCUUAUGUGCCGUUGUAGUUCCUCCCGCUACCAUCUUGUGGCCAAUCGUCGUGGCGGUAAGAACCUAAUCUUCCAGGGGUACAUGUAUUGUGUGGAACGCAAAUACCGGAAUAGCAUUAAUUGGGUGUGUUCUAAGAACAGCAAUCAUGCUCUUCGUUGUCCGGCGAGGUGCGUCACCAAUCCGGAAAGCACAUCUGGCAUUAAACUGAGCCACCGUCACCAUAACCAUCCGGCAUAUUCCAUUAAUUUAAACAGACGCAGGCCGAAGCGAUCCAGUAAGAACAGCAGCAACCAGUUAACUUCCAAAUCAGGAUUUUCAAAUUGUUCUCAGCGUCAUACCUUUUAUAGGGAGAACGGUUUUAUGAUCAUCGAUGGCUACCGCUUCGUGAUCGGGACUACAAAUCAGCGUCGCACUUACCUGAAGUGCGCAAACUUUCGCAGCAGUUGCAGGGCGCGGGCCAUUGUAAAUAGGGAAACAAACAAUGUACGGAUGAGGCACGAUGGGCAUAAUCACAGCCGUAAAAAUGUGCCGAGCGGACGUAGCUCUAAGAAUUUGCAGAUAAAUUGGCACAGUACGUCCGCUCCAAUCGAGGAACCGAUCUCGUUUACCACGAAGGAAACACCUACACGCCCAAUGAAAAGUUAAGAGAGGGACAAAAGAGUCGGGACUGGAAGUGCUCAAUGUAUCACAAGGCCAAGUGCCGGGCCCGCCUGGUUACCCGUAUUACGAGCGGCGGGGAUA